AUGCGUUCCAGAUUAUUAGCAAUUCACAAAGGAUUUGCAAGUAUAUCACAGAGCAGAAAAUUGUCUACAAAACCUUCUCGAUGUCAGCCCCACAUGAACGAACUGCCCGUGCCCUGUGGGCCAUGGGACCCAUGGUACAGACAAAAACAAAGGUUCUAUAUGAGGCAUUUUUUGUUGGGACUCGCUUGGUGGCUGUUCUCUUUUGGUUUGGCCAUAUACACUGAUAGUUUAUAUCUCAACUUUUCCCCGCCAGCAUUUCCAUCUCCUCCUAGCGAUUUUGUGGAAGAGUGCGAUGAUUCUGAUACGUGA